UUUGAAGGUAGGACGUGUAUUCGACACAGGUUGUUGGUGAGAUGGUCGUUGGAGCAUAGUGCCCCGUCUGCGAUAGCUGCAAAGUCCGCGGGUCGUUGGUACGAUUGGUGCUCAGAAGCAGCACACUGAUGCGGGCAAGUGAGGGACGCGUUCAUGAAGAGGAGAACGAGGAAGGCGCAAUAGCACGUCAGAGCGAGCGUGAGAGCGCCUCAGGCUCAGAGGUGGAGGUGAUUGCUCAACACAAAGUCUAUGGUGUUCUGGAUGAGGACAUGGAUUUCUGACGGGGAGCCGUUCAGAGUGUCCAGUUCUAUCCCUCCCCAUCCAGUAGGUACCUAUGAGAUCGUUGCCGAGAUGCCAUCAAUAUUAGAGAGAGCCUUGGCGACAGGUGUCAGAUGUCGUUUAUGUAGCUUGAUAAGCACGUGAUACUCGAUCACAGCUUCUUGCUGAGGCUGAUGUGCCGCCCGGAUGAGCUUCGCACCGUCAUUAGUCACUGAGACAUAGACGGGUCCCAGCUGGCUCUCUGACCGAUUUGCCCAUCCUUCUAGUGAAUGUAUUCGACAAUCGGACGAGAAGGUCAUCUACGGAUGGCCAACUCACUCUUGAGUACUGGUGGGAAUCCUCUAGACUCAAUGUGUGCGUCCGGCAUCACACAUCCAAAUGUGACAGUACGCAUGGUGAUCCCACCGGCAUGUGAUACCUCCGCAUCCCCGACUCGGACAAGUUGCCCACACCAGACACAUACACCGCAUCAUCAUAUGCGCAUUCACGAUCCUUCAAUCAAGCUCUCCUCUAACCCCCAUCCACCAUGUCCGCUUUGAAGCAAUACACGUACGAGGAGGUUUCCAAGCAUAACAAACCAGGCGACUUGUGGGUCGUCAUCGACGCCAAAGUCUACGACUUGUCCAAGUUCGCCGACCUGCACCCGGGUGGUCCGAGCGUCCUGUUCGCGGAGGGCAUUGCUGGCAAAGAUUCCACAGAGGCCUUCUUCGGCCUCCACCGGCUAGAAGUCCUGCACCGUCCGCAAUACGCCCGGUUCCAAAUCGGCGCGAUCCUCGGCGAGGAGCCGACCAUCAAACCCCUCGCACCGGGCGAGCUCUCGAAGGUGCCCUACGCCGAGGCGACGUGGCUCGUGAGCGGGUUCAAGAGCCCGUACUUCACCGACCGGCACCGCAAGUUCCAGACGGCCGUGCGCAAGUUCUGCGUCGAGGUGCUGCAGCCCGAGUCCGAGAGCGUCGAGGCGAGCGGGAAGAAGAUCUCGCAGGCGGUCGUCGACAAGGAGGCGGAGGUGAACCUGAUCGCGAUGCGGCUCGGCCCCGGCAAGCACCUGCAGGGCCUGCGGCUCAUGCACGACACGGUCGCGCCGGAGGAGUUUGACUACUUCCACGAGUUGAUCAUCAACACGGAGACAUCACGAUUCGGCGGACGCGGAUUCUUCGACGGCAAUCUCGCAGGCGCCGUCAUCGGACUACCUCCCAUCCUCAACUUCGGGUCGCCCGAACUAAAAGCGCGUAUUGUCCCUGAGGUCUUUUCUGGCAAGAAGUACAUGGCGCUGGCGAUUAGUGAGGCCUUCGCUGGGUCCGAUGUGAGCGGUAUCCAGACCACUGCCGUGCGGGAUGGCGACUUUUGGAUCGUCACCGGGACAAAAAAAUGGAUCACCAAUGGCGUGUUUGCGGAUUACUUCACCACGGGCUGCAAAACCGACACCGGAUUCACCGUGAUCGUGAUUCCGCGCGACGACAGCGUCGGGACGAAAGCCAUCAAGACCUCGUACUCCUCGACCGCCGGCACCGCCUUCGUGACAUUCGACAACGCGCGCGUGCCCGUGUCCUACACGCUAGGCAAGAUCGGCGACGGCAUGAGCGUCAUCCUGACCAACUUCAAUCACGAGCGGUGGAUGAUCACGUGCAUGGCGUUGGCGUCGCAGAGGACCGUCGUCGAAGAGUGCCUGAAAUGGGCCUCGCAGCGCAUGGUGUUCGGGAAGCCGCUGACGUCGCAGGCUGUGAUCCGGGGCAAGCUCGCGGCGAUGAUCUCGCGAGUGGAGAGUGCCCAGAGCUGGCUGGAAAACAUCACACAUCAGAUGAACAAUAUGACAUACAAACAGCAGAGCUCGCUGUUGGCUGGGCAGAUUGGGCUGCUGAAAGCAUUCGUGACACGCUCUGGACAAGAGAUCGCUGCUGAUGCAACACAAAUCUUCGGUGGACGAGCGAUCACUGCGACGGGAAUGGGCAAGUACAUUGAGAACUUCCGGCGAAACAUCGCGUUCGACUCGAUUUUGGGUGGUACGGAGGAUGUGUUGGCUGAUAUGGGUGUGAGGCAGGCGCUGAAGAAGAUGCCUGCCGACGCGCGACUGUAAAAAGUUGAACAGAUACGAUAUGCUUUAUCUCUAGUUCUUCUGAACCGAGUAACUUAGAUGCUCUUCGCGCCCUGGCAAGUGCUCCCAUCCAGGCGAUUUCGAGCGCAGGCAAGCGCUUGGCCGUCGAGUGUGAUUUCAUGUCGCUUCAAUUCUGUAAAAAUAA